AUGCAGCUCCGACACAAGCGGAGGGCGACUAUGGUGACAGAUGCCCAUCUGAGCCAAGACAACAAUACCUCACCCAAUUUCACAACAGGCUUACUUGGGAACUCUACACACAACGAAUUCACCACUAUCGUACUGCCUGUGCUUUACCUCAUCAUUUUCCUGGCAAGCAUCUUGCUGAAUGGCCUAGCAGUCUGGAUAUUUUUCCACAUCAGAAAUAAAACGAGUUUUAUAUUUUACCUCAAAAACAUCGUGGUUGCAGACCUUCUCAUGACAUUGACGUUCCCAUUCAAGAUAAUCCAGGAUUCGCAACUGGGACCAUGGCACUUCAACUCUUUCCUGUGCCGAUACACCACAGUUCUGUUUUACGCAAACAUGUACACCACGAUUGUGUUCCUUGGACUCAUCAGCAUCGACCGCUACCUGAAAGUAGUGAAGCCUUUUGGAGACUCCAGGAUGUACAGCAUCACUUUCACCAAGAUCCUAUCUGCCUGCGUUUGGGUUGUCAUGGCUUUCCUAGCUUUGCCAAACCUGAUUCUUACCAAUGGCUACCCGACAAAGAAAAACAUUGACGACUGCAUAAAGCUCAAGUCUCCCCUAGGAGUCAAGUGGCACACAGCUGUCAUUUACAUCAACACUUGCAUGUUUGUAGUGGUGCUGAUUGUACUGAUAGGAUGUUAUAUCGCGAUAUCCAGGUAUAUUUAUAAAUCAAGCAAACAAUUUAUUAGUUCAUCAAGCAGAAAGAGGAAGCAUAAUCAAAGUAUAAGGGUUGUUGUGGCUGUAUUUUUCACUUGCUUUCUGCCGUACCAUUUGUGCAGAAUACCCUUCACAUUUAGCCAUCUAGAUAAAAUUUUAGAUGACUCUGCACAUAAAAUCUUGUAUUAUUGUAAGGAAAUGACACUGUUCCUAUCUGCAUGUAAUGUCUGUCUGGAUCCAAUAAUUUACUUUUUCAUGUGUAGAUCAUUCUCAAGAAGGCUGUUUAGAAAAUCAAAUAUGAGAACCAGGAGUGAGAGUAUCAGAUCACUUCAGAGUGUUAGAAGAUCGGAAGUGCGCAUAUACCAUGAAUACACAGACGUCUGACAUCACCCACACAGAGACUUUUGCUGGUUCAUGAGACUGUAUAUCAUGUAAAUAAAACAUCUUUGAAUAUCUGACCAUGGAAGUUCAUUAAGAAAUUUCAGAUAUGAGCAGCUUUUCUGUUUCAGCUGACUAAUAUCCAUAUCAAAAUCCAAAUGCUUAAAUCCACACAGUGAUCAGGUUCACUUCAGAGGGUUUGGGGGUUGUUUCAGUUUCUUGGGAUUUUUAAAGGCCAACAGAUGCUAAGGAUGUUGGCUCAGAAACCAACCUGGAGCUUCACGAGGCUCCAGCUGAGACAGACAAGCUCUGGCCUCAGAGAAGGAUCCAGUAAAACAAGUCAACAUACCUAGGUGUGGUAUAUGGCUGCUGAAGGGCUUGAGGCAAGCAAAAGAGAAGGGAGGAAGUGGCACUUGGUCCUGCAGAGACCCCUCGUCAUGCCCAUAGGCAGAGCAGCAGCAGGGCUCAGUCUGCAGAAAUGGUGCUUUGCCACCAGCCACCAGCAUCUCAGCUUUUCCUUUUGGGCAUUUGUGGUGCUGACAGCACCAUCUCGUCCACAGAUCAAACCUACCGAAGUGCUUCUCACACCUUCCAAAAUAUCAAAC